AUGGAGAUUUUGGUGGUACUGGCAGAAGCAAGUGACCACUACUGGCGGCUGGUUCUAGUGGAGUGUCUCUGCAGUCUUCCGAGAUUUUACAGACACCUACAAGAUGACGGCAAACAGCCUGUCCAAAGGCUUCCCCAGCGCGUGCUCACAGAGGACGAACAAAGCAUGGCUCCUCCACGGUUGUGUGCUGUGAAUGCAAAUGAAGCCAAACCGCUACGAGGCUCCUCGAUGCGGCCUUAUGACUCCACAGAAAUAAAUAGAUCGAUAGCAUAUGGACACGCGCGCGCGUGCACACGCACACGCACACGCGCGGCGCUAGCUCAUCUGAACACGGAUCCGGGCUCCGUGCAGAAAACGGGAGGUGCACUGGGGUCCGCGCCCCAGCCGGCGGCAGCCGGGGCCCGCGCCCGCACUUCGCCCAGUGCCAUUGGGUGGCAGCUUCCGACGGAAGGCUUUCACAGCUCCCCGCGAGGGUCCGAGCCGAGGCCGGUCCCCACGCGCGGGGCGGCGGGGGGCGGGGCGGCGGGCCGCACGGGAAGACCGCGGCGCCCGGGGCGCGGUGCCCCGCCGCCCCCGAGCCCACCCCGACCUCGGGGGCGCCCGAAGGUGACCGGCGCGGGCCCCGGCCUCGGCCUGCGGCCGGGCCCCGCCGUUCGCCCGCAGAGCGAUGACUCAGGAGAAACUUUUCAGAAUCGCCUCAAAACCCACCGCGGGGGCGGCGCGCGCCGGGCGGACGCCAGACCCGGGCCCGCGUCCCCGCGCCGCGGGCGCCACGCCGGGGCCCGGCGGAGGCCUCGGCGCCCGAGUCCAGCUCCCCGGGCAUCCCCAUGUCGGGGGGCGGGGAAGGGCCGGCGGCCGCCGCCGCCGCCGCCGCCGCCGCCGCCGGCUGGAAAGUCCCUGCUGGGCUGCAACCCGGCUCGCGCACGCGGCGGCCGCCGCGCCGCGCCGCCUCACGCACCCCGGCGCUGGCACUUCCUCCCGCCUGCUGGAAAUCCCCGCCGGCCGCCGGCGCGCGCCCGGCGCGCCGCCGCCCCGCCCCGCCCCCGCCCCGGCGCGCGCGCGCCUGAGCCCCGGGAGCCCGAGCGCGGGCCACGCGCCGCCCCGCCCCCGAGCGCGCGCCCGCGGCUGUUGCUAAGGGCCCCGGGCUCCGCGCUCGCCGCCGGCCUUAACGACGGCUCCGCGGGCGCGCGCGGAGCCCCGGGGCCCUCGCGCCCUCCCCCGCCGUCCCGAUCAAAAAGCCACGAAGGCCGCGUGGACCCCCGCUCCCGUGGACACGCGCGCGCGCACUCCGGCUGGCGACGCCUGCCCCCGGGAGCGCGCGCCGCGCGGGGACUCAUGUGCGCGCGGCUCCCCCCGUGCCGACCCCGCGGGCUCCGUCCCGCCGCACCCCGGCGUGCGAGCGCCGGCUGCACCCGGCUCCGCCGGGGCCGGCCCGCGCGGGGCCCGGGCUGGGCUGCCGCCUGGCCCCGCUCUCUCUUGAGGGGGCUCGAAGGGCUCCUGGGUCCGGUCCGGAUCGGCCCAACUGUGGCAAGAUCCCGGGGCUCCCAGCCGGCCCGGCCCCCGGAGACCCCGCCUCCCGGGCACCCCUGUCUGCUCCAAGGUUACCCUGUGGCCCGGGGUCCCGCUCCCCGCGGGCAGCGGGGACCCCUGAGGACACGGCACGCGCGCACCCCGCCAGCCCGCAGGGUGGGGCCCACCCCUGGGCGGCGGCGGCCCGGCCGGACCCGGCCACCGGGGGUUCACAGACGUCGUGAUGACCCUGCCCCCGAGACCGGGGCCGAGCCGCCGUCCCACGGCCCCGGCCCCUCCGCCCAGGCCCCGGCCCGGCCCCGGUCCCGCCACGCGGGGGCCCAGGCGCCCGCCCCCGUGCACCUGCCGCCCUGCGCGGGACAUACCGGGGAACAACCCAACUCAGGAAGACUCCCCACGCCGGGACGGACGGUUUGGGGCUCUUUACAAAUGGACCACGGGGAAGAAGGUGCAAAGACGCCGCCACCGGCCCGGAAAGGCGCCUUUCAUUUUCUGCCAAAGCGCCAGCUCGAGAGCCUCGUUCGGGAGCAGAUUAGGCGCAUCCGGUCGAGCCAUCUGCCGCGCGGCCGGCGCCGGCCCCCGCCCGCCCGGCUCCCGCCGGGGCCCGGGCCCCGGCCGCCCCCGCCAGCCCCUUCCUCCUCUCCGCCGGCUGAGCCGUGCGGCCCUGGGGGGGCCGCGGAGAGGAAGCUCGCCCCCCGCCCGGCCAGGGCUUUGAGGGCGGGCCCCCUAGCCGCCGCAGGUCUAGUGGCUGGGCAGCCGUGA